AGCGCGCGCAGCCUGCGGUGCCCGCGGCCGUGAAGCGAGGAUGACGCAGGCGUGACGCGAGCGCGGCCGCUCCCGAGGCGCUCGCGCUAUCCCCGCCGCGCUUCGAGGCAGUCGUUGCUUGGCCUGUUUCGCCAGGCCCGGGCCAACCUCAGGCCUUGCCACCCCGCCCGCCAUGGACGACUACGCAGUUCUGUCGGACGCCGAGCUGGCUGCCGUGCUGCGCCAGUACAACAUCCCGCACGGGCCCGUCGUGGGCUCCACUCGCAAGCUCUACGAAAAGAAAAUCUUCGAGUACGAGACCCAGAGGCGGAGGCUCUCGCCCCCCAACUCGUCCGCCUCGUUCUCCUUUCGGUACUCAGACUCGGAUUCAGCGUCGGUGGAUUCAGAUAUGUACGACCUGCCCAAGAAAGAAGACGCCUUGCUUUAUCAGAGCAAGGGCUAUAAUGACGACUACUAUGAGGAGAGUUACUUGACCACCAGGACUUAUGGGGAGCCCGAGUCUAUGAGCACGUCCAAGGGCUUCCGCCAGCUUGUGACUCCACUCUCAGAUGCUGACACCUUCCACCACCAGGUGCGUGAUGACAAUCUUUUUUCUUUUCCUGAAAAGGAAGGCAAGGAUAGGGAACGCCGCAUGUAUGACCGGGACAGUGCCUACCAGAGCAUUGCGCACUACCGCCCUGUUUCCAACAUCUCCAGGAGCUCCCUGGGCUUAUCCUAUUAUCCUACAUCCUCCUCUGCUUCUUCUGUGUCCUCAUCUUCAUCUGCCCCUCCUUCAUGGCUCGCCCGCCGUGCCAUCCGGCCUGAAAAGCAAGCUCCUGGGGCAGGUCUGGGCCAGGAUCGCCAGGUCCCGCUCUGGGGGCAGCUGCUCCUUUUCCUGGUCUUUGCUGCCUUCCUGCUCUUUGUUUACUACUCCAUGCAGGCUGAGGAAGGCAACCCCUUCUGGAUGGAGCCCUGAGGGUCUCAGCUUUAGAGCCAGGUCUUCUCAGAAGUCCUGGCCGACUGCCUUAGCAGUGUUUGCUGGGGGUGGGGGGUGGGGGGUGGGAGCUUAUCUGUGUUCUAACUUGCAGGGGUGGGCCUAGCCCGGGGCAGUGCUUAUUUCCCCUGCUUUGUCCUGCCAGGGAGGCAGCACACUCAGGCCCUCCUGGGUAUGUUGGACCUGGGUGUCCCUUCCUCUGGAGCCUCCUGGCCCUGCUUCCUCUGACCCUUACAGCCUGGGAGAGCAAGACCUCACUCCUACAGAGGAGACUGUCGUGGUGGUGGUAGUUGUCAUGCAUGCCUCCUGUUCAUUGUCAGCUUGUUGGGGGGAUUAACCAAAGGCCACCCUGACUUUGUUUUCGUGGACACACAAUAAAAAGACCAUUUAUUUUUAA